AUGAAUGACUUCACUACCACCAUCACCACCCUCCUCCACCUUCAACACAAACAAAAACCCCUCAUGCAUCCCUUCAACUACCAAUAUCUCACUUCCAUCAAAACCCUAACACCCCAUAUCACCUGUCUAGCAGUCCACCGUAACCUUCUCUACGCCGCGUCUCUUAACCUCAUCAACGUCUUCGAUCUCUCCUCCAGUUACACCCUCAUCGACACCUUCAACGAAACCUCCACUUCAGGUUUUGUAAAAUCUAUCACGUUUACCGGUUCGAGAGUCUUCACUGCUCACCAAGAUUGUAAAAUUCGUGUCUGGCAUAUUACAUCUUCAAAACAACACUGUCUUGUUUCAUCUCUUCCGACUGUUAAAGACCGGUUGCGCCGCUGUAUCGUUCCUAAAAACUACGUCAGCGUUCGACGUCACCGGAAGAGUCUUUGGAUCAAACAUAACGAUACGGUGUCUGGUUUAGCAGUGAACGAAAAAGAGAAACUCAUGUAUUCUGUUUCUUGGGAUAAAAGUUUCAAGAUCUGGGAUUUGUCUUCCGGGUAUUACCGGUGUUUGGAGUCUUUUAACGCGCACGAUGAUGCCAUUAACGCUGUUGUUGUUUCGGAGGACGGUACUGUUUAUACUGCUUCUGCUGAUGGGUGCAUUAAGGCUUGGAAGAUGGAUAAUAAGGUGAAACGGUAUUCUUUGGUGAGUUCGGUAGGGAAGCAGAAGCCAACUGUUAAUGCGUUGGCGAUGAACGGAGAUGGUACCGUUUUAUUUUCCGGUGGGAGUGACGGGACGAUAUGCUGGUGGGAGAAUAAGAAGAAGUGUGAGGAAAACAAUAACGUCGUGUUGAUGGAGACGUUGAGGGGUCACAGUGGGGCGAUACUUUGUUUGGUCAACGUGAAUGGAUUGUUGGCGAGUGGGUCAGCGGAUUAUACGGUGAGGAUUUGGCAGAGGGAGAGAAGGGAUGGUGGUGGUUAUUGUUGUAGGGGAGUAUUGGAAGGACAUGAAAAACCGGUGAAGUCGUUGGUGGUGGUUUCAGGUGGUGGUGAAGAGGAUGAUGAGGUCGUUAGGCUGUUUAGUGGAAGCCUUGACGGGGAAAUUAGAGUGUGGGAGUGUCUGGUUUGA